GAGCCGCAGCAAUGCGUGCUUGACGAAUUUGGAUGUGCUGUACGCCGUGCACACCACGCUGAUGACGCGGGUCACACCGGAAGAGUGGGAAAAUUUGGGUUAUGGGAGCAAGGCGCAACGGAAGGUUGCCGCCGCGUAUGAGAAGAGAUGCCAGCGCAUGGGUGGAGGCUGGGAGGGCGGUGUGAGGAGGCUUGAUUGGUUGGGUAGCAAGACGCGGUUCGUCGGCAUCGAAGUGGACAAGGGCGCCGUAGCAGGCGGAAGUGUUGGUAAGCUCGUCUUUGGUAAGGCCUGAUUGCCACUGCUCGAGCAAGGCGGGGUCUCGCUCCCAUGUCUCAGGUGUCAAUUCCGUCCGGGCUCGCCUGGAUCAUCUCGUCUCGUUUUUUCAGGUUUUGUUUUCGUCUCGUUUUGUGUGGUCGUUUUCCUGCUCCGGUUUCUCUUGGUCUCGGUUCUCGUCUUCGUUCUGUCCUGUUUUCUGUCAACUGUCUCCGCUCGUUCACGCAAACCCCCGUCAUCGGCUCCUUUAAAUGGAUUCUUCUUUCUUGUGGUUAUAGGUGCGGACUCGUACUUAUCGGGCUGAUGCUCCUCAGCGCUUGCAAGCGCGAGGCGAUACACGGUUUGUGUGUGUAUAAUUUUAUCCUGCAUCUGUACUUUACUGUUUCAUACCCACACACGCACCCCUCUUCUCACAGACUCUCCCCUUUGCUUCACACCAUGGUUGUGUAUAUUAGCCACGGAUGAUAUGUUCCAUGCUUUCCCUUAUCUAUGCAAUGCAUUGACCUUGUCGCUUGUUCCUUCC